AUGAUCAUGCAUCAUGGAAGAGAAAGCAAAAGAAGAAGAAGACAGGUUAUUAAGAUACCAAACGACGAUGUGUUGGAAGAGAUUAUAGUAAGGCUUCCAGUGAAAACCCUAACUAGAUUCCAAACCGUGUCUAAACACUGGAGGCAUACGAUAAAGUCUAGAAACGGGUCUAAGCCAAGCAUUCGUUACAAGACCAUGAGGUUGGAGUGGUCUUUGAGUCGUCUAGUGGGAGAAGAAGAAUAUUUAACUAGCAAGAAACACAAAGAGAGGCGGAUACUAUUUUCCAAGAGUGUGGAUGGUCUUUUUUGUUUAUAUAGUGGUGUGGACAUGAAACAGCCAAUUAUGGUGAUAAAUCCAGACACAAGAUGGUCUAAGAAGCUCCCUCUUGCUAGGAUUCAACGAAAGAAUUAUUUAGACAGCAACAAGGUAGAGUUCUCUCGCCUCGGGUUUGGAAAAGACAGCGUCACAGGAACAUACAAACUAGCGGUGAUUCCACCUCCUCCUAAUCAUGGGAUAAAGCAUGAGAAUAUGUCUUUCUGA